UUCCAACUUCAAUCAACUCUCGAAUCCGAAUCUCUCGAGAUAUUCUCUACAAUGGCCCCUCCACAUGGAGCAAUACCACCUCCUCUCCCGCCUUCUGUUGAAGAAGCUUACCGACGAAAGUGCAUCCAACUCAAACAGCGCAUGAACGAAGUUGAAGAAGCCAACGAUGCCUCGCGUCUGCGCAUUAUCCGCAUGGAACGCUCUGUCCAGAAGAUGCGACUAGAGCGUGCCUUUCUCCUUGAACAACUUGCCAAACGAACUAGCACCAAUGUCGAAGACUCCGAAGGAAGCCCAAGUCCACCACCUACUCCUAAGGAAAAGCCUCUCCGAACCAAGCGCGGCCAUCGCAAGCCUUCCUUCUUGACAAAUCUUGACGGUCGCACGGGCAGCACUUUUAUUCAGCAAGGACCUGUUACGCUGUCCCCCAGCUCGGACGCAUUCUCGCACACACACCCAGAGUUGAACUCUGUUUCUAAUGCAGCACCAACGCUCCCAAGCAAACGCCAACUGCCCGCGAAUGGACACCCCAACCCUUCUGCCAGCAGGACAUCCACGCCUCCACAGAAACGACCUAAGACCGCCUUCGAUCUAUACUGCAACGAUUUGCGGUCCGUCAUUACAGUCAAGAACCGCAAGGCUAUAGCCGAUGGAACGUUCGAUGUCGAGAGAGCAUUGGCUACGGGAUGGCGGGAAAUGGAUGAGGAGCAACGGGGAGAGUUUCAGCGAAGAUUGGAAGGCAUGAAGAGAACCUCGGACGCAGAGAAGGAGGCCAGUGUUGGAGGGACAGGAGCAGGGCAGAGCGGUUUUGAUGGAGAGAGUAGACAGACGGCGGAAGCAGAUGAGGAUGUGGAGAUGGGUGAGGAUGGAGAUGAUGGAUCGCGCUCUGGGGGAGAAGUCAGUGGUUUCACUGCUGUUAAUCGUGCAUAG